AUUUGUAUUAAUCGGAACAGUCCAUCCCAGCAUCCUGAAUCACGGCUUAUUGCUGGACUCCCUAGAAAUGACUCCUUGGCAUAAAAGUGAAAAGAAGACUGGAGUGGCAAUAUACAAUUUUAAAGCUACCCAAGUGCCCCAGAUAUCACUACAGAUUGGGGAUGUGGUUCAUAUAUUGGAAGACCAUGAAGAUUGGUACAGGGGAUUCUUGGUCAGACAUAAAGAAACUGAGGGAAUAUUUCCAAAAUCUUUUAUCCACAUCAAAGAAAUUGCUGCUGAGAAGAAAAGAAAUGCGGAAAAUGUAAUACCUGCUGAGAUUCCAUUGGUACAAGAGGUUACCAGCACAUUAUGGGAAUGGGGUAGCAUUUGGAAACAACUGUAUGUGGCAAGCAAGAAAGAACCCUUCCAGCAGGUACAAGCGAUGAUGUGCGAGUUAAUGGAGUGGAGAUCACAGCUCCUCUCAGGGACAUUGCCCAAAGAUGAAUUGAAAGAACUGAAACAAAAGGUCACUUCCAAAAUUGAUUAUGGCAACAAGAUUCUAGAGCUGGACCUGAUUGUUAGAGAUGAAGAUGGCAAUAUUUUGGAUCCUGACAAAACCAGUGUCAUCAGUCUCUUCCACGCACAUACAGAAGCUACAAAAAAAAUAACAGAAAGAAUUAAAGAAGAAACGUCAAAAGAUGAGCCUAUAUAUGGAACUUUCUGCCGAAAUACUUCAUCCCCCACACACAGCCUUUAUGUCUUUGUAAGAAAUUUUGUCUGCAAAAUAGGAGAAGAUGCUGAACUUUUCAUGUCCCUCUAUGAUCCCAAUAAGCAUACAGUGAUAAGUGAAAAUUAUUUGGUGAGAUGGGGGAGCAAAGGUUUUGUAAAAGAAAUUGACAAUUUCAACAAUCUGAAAGUGGUUUUCACUGAUCUUGGAAACAAAGAUCUUGGAAGAGACCGAAUUUAUUUGAUCUGUCAAAUUGUACGGUUUGGAAAAAUGGAACUCAAAGAUACUAACACCAAAAAAUAUACUCAGGGCAUAAGAAGGCCUUUUGGAGUGGCAGUAAUGGACAUCUCAGAUAUUAUAAAAGGAAAAGCAGAAAGUGAUGAAGAGAAACAAUAUUUCAUUCCCUUUCAUCCAGUUCCAGAGAAUGAGUUUUUGCACAAUCUUUUAAACAAGGUUACCACAUUCAAAAGUGACAGUGGCGGGCAAGGAUUAUGGGUAACUAUGAAAAUGCUUGUUGGAGACAUUACUCAUAUUAGAAAGGACUAUCCUCACCUUGUUGACAGGACAACAGUUGUUGCUAGGAAGCUUGGCUUUCCUGAAAUAAUCAUGCCAGGCGAUGUAAGAAAUGACAUCUACAUUACCUUGCUAUGUGGAGAUUUAGAUAAAUUUAAUAAAACUACCCAGAGAAAUGUAGAAGUCAAUAUGUGUGUCUGCGAUGAAGAUGGGAAAGUGAUACCCGUAGCCUUACCCAUUGAGGAUAUGCAAAGAAUUCAUUUGCGUUUUAUGUUUAGACAUCGGUCAUCUCUGGAGUCUAAAGACAAAGGCGAAAAGAACUUUGCAAUGGCCUAUGUAAAAUUAAUGAAGGAGGACGGGACAACUCUGCUUGAUGGCGUUCAUGAACUGGUGGUUUUAAAGGGUGAUAGUAAGAAAAUGGAAGAUGUCAACAUGUACUUGAGCCUCCCUUCAACACGCAGUCAGGUAGAGCCUAAGCUCUCAACCUUAAGUCGGAGUGCAAGCAUUGUCGGAGGACUCUCUAUAAGCUCAAGAGAUUCAUUUGCCAUUUCAACUCUUGUUUGCUCAACUAAGCUAACUCAGAAUGUGGGUUUACUGGGCCUUUUGAAGUGGCGAAUGAAACCUGAGCUCUUGAAGGAAAACUUAGAAAAAUUGAAGAUCGUGGAUGGUGAAGAAAUUGUGAAGUUCCUCCAGGAUACUUUAGAUGCCCUAUUUAAUAUCAUGAUGGAACAUUCUCAUACUGAUGCAUAUGACAUUCUUGUCUUUGAUGCUUUGAUUUAUGUAAUAGGACUCAUUGCAGAUAGAAAAUUUCAGCAUUUCAAUACUGUACUGGAGGCUUACAUACAGCAACAUUUCAGUGCAACUUUAGCCUACAAGAAAUUAAUGGCAGUUCUGAAGACUUAUUUGGAUACUUCAAGCAGAGGAGAACAGUGUGAACCUAUAUUAAGAACGCUUAAAGCUCUGGAAUAUGUAUUCAAGUUCAUAGUUCGGUCAAGGACUUUGUUCUCUCAGUAAG